AUUAGUUGAGAGCUGCAGCAAUAGCGAGCCAACAUGGCAGACGGCAAAGGUGGAUCGUUUACCAAGGUCGUGCAAAAACAUGCAGGACGUGCGAAAGAAAGGAUAUUGCAAAACCUUGGGCGAGCAGACAAGACUAAGGAUGAAGUGUUUGAGGUGUACUUGUACAACUUCACAAGGCAGCAGACGGCAGCAGCCAAACUGCAGAAAGAGUUCAAGAACUAUGUGUUGUGCAUCAAGAGCUUGCAGCUAGCCAGCAAGGCCCUCAUGGACACGCUGAGCGAGAUCUACGAGCAGGAGUGGGUCGGACAUGAGCAGAUCCCCGUCAAGGCACAGACACUGGAGCUUCUUUGGGACGACUAUCACAGAAAGAUGAAUGACCAGGUGAUGAUUCCACUCAACAGCUACAUCACUCAGUUUGUAGACGUUAGGGGCCGCAUAGCCAAAAGAGGCCGUAAAUUGGUGGACUACGACAAGUGCCGACACAGUGUGGAGAGUCUGCGUAACUCUGCAAAGAAGAAGGAUGACUACAAGCUAGGCAAGGCACGAGAAGAAUUGGAGGAAGCUAAGCAGAUGUACGAAGUAAUCAACAAUGAACUCCAUGAGGAACUGCCGACACUCUAUGAAAGCCGCAUCCCGUUCCUGGUGUCCAACCUGCAGACCUUCUUCACGGCCGAGAGCACCUUCCAUGCCGAGAAUGCCAAGGUGUUCUCUUUUCUGGUGGAUACCAUGCAGAAGCUAGCGGCUGACAGCGAGCGCCUGGGCAGCACCAUUGGCUCCUUGCCCAAGCCCACUCGUAGUGGCCUUCCGCGCACCCAUUCAAAGAGAGAGCGGCCAGUAGCCGAGAGAAUGUCACUGGUGGCAGCACCGUGCCCACCGGCCGAGCACGGCCGAGACACAGGCACGCAGCAGUAUGCUCGCGUCCGGCGCCAUUCGGCGCAUGGAGGGCCCCUUGAGAAGAACCGCCGCCUCGGGGCUAGUUUUCUCUCGCUCAGUGCACACACCGAAUCAGGCAGUGGUAGGCCAGUCGAGCUGUACCUUGUAGUUCGACCACCGAAAAAUGCAGCGUCCGAGUCUCGCUUGGAAGCCAGUUCGGUCUCCAAGGAGGCGGACACGCGGCCCUACGAAGAGAUCGAGUUCAAGAAGGGUAAGAGCAAUCGUCCGAGCGACAUUUCCAUCAAGGUUACCGAAACAAACGGCCAGGUCAGCAACCCUCCCCCCCUCAUGGUGUCCCCUGUGCGGAGCGCGGCUCGGCUUGAGAAUGAAGAUUCGGCGCUGGUCAACACGCCGGGCUACCGGACAGGCGAUCGCAGUGGAGAAGCACCACCUAGACGUGACGAGAAAGACUACGAGCCAGUGGAUGUCGGUGCACAGAUAAAUAGUGAUGGUGACAGACCGGCGGGCGACGAGUUGUAUGACAUUCCCGUAGGCGCCACGACCACAGAUCUACCGGCCGGAGUCCUCUACAGGGUCCGUGCUACAUACAAGUACACAGCCGAAGAUGUGGACGAGCUAAACUUCGAAAGCGGCGAGAUCAUCCGAGUUAUCGAGUACGAUGACCCCGAAGAGCAGGAGGAAGGCUGGCUGAUGGGCAUCAAAGAGUCGACGGGCGAAAAGGGCCUUUUCCCAGCGAACUUCACACGGCCAAUUUGAGGCUCGAGUGGGACGCCCUAUGAUCGGCGUCGCAUCUCUUCUUCGUUGCCUUGAAUCUUCACGCGGCCGGCUUAGGGAGUGCUCUGGCGUUCGCUACAUCGUACUCUGCUUGGUGGAAGCGCCCAUUGUAGCAAUAGCGACAGGGCACAAUCUGACGGCGCAUUUAAUCGAGUAGGAAACUAGCAGCAAUCCGUGUGUUCUUCCCACUGAAAACACAACGGCCUUUCUCAUUUUUCGGUGAUUAACCAGUAAACUGGCUGUCCUGGACUGUUCAUCCAAGCCCUGCGUACAUCCACUGGGUCGUGUGCACACCUCUUCCCCGUAAUUGGCCCUUAUAUCGCUUUGCCCCCAGAGAGCACAUGUCCUGGGCUUGAACCAUCUGUCCUGAUCUAUCUUGAGAUAUGACUCUCGUCUUUCCAUGCGGUGUGGAUGAGCUUCACAGAGUAGUACUGUAGUCGCAUUUCCUAAUUUUUUCAUGAUAUAUAGAACCUUGGAAACCUCACAUCGUUGCUUAUUUAUUCCCGUCUUGAAGACCAGAAAACUUCAUUGAGUUCGUUUGUGCCUUAUCUCCGUAGUUCUUGAUGCAUCCAAAUUAUUCUUUGCUUCGUCUGGAGGCAAAAAAUCUUCCCUGUAGAUAACCAUUAUCUGUGAAGCGCCACUAAUGUAAGAGUUGCCUUAUCCGUACGAGGCAGCUUUCUCGUGUGACGAUCCCAGUCUUCCGUCCAGAGGGGCCAUACUAUUUUCGGCUCCAGUCUUUUGACACGUUUGCUGGGUGUCCACGCUCUGCUCCAAGUGCCAAGUUCGCAGGUGCUGCCCGUUAUGCAGCUUUUCCCCCCAAUAGCCCUUUUCGCCUUGCUGCGGUUGAGAUAUGCUCGUUGCUAGUGUUAGCGACAGCAUUAUUCUAUCAGCAUCUUUUACUCACUGCCAAAAUUGCACAAGCCAUUGUCAACUGGCGGAGAGGGAGACUCCCUGGCAGCCUUCAAUUCUUGUGCAUGAGAAGGUCCUUUUGUCUUCCUAAUAAAUAGUGCAAGUUCUGAUCAGAAUGAUGCGGAUAUCGCGUCAGCUGUGACAGUGUAAGUUUGAUUUACGGCCGAUGGAAAGUGCGCCUUCACUGCUUAGUCAAAUUUACACCAUUUUGUUACAGGUUCUCUCAGUAGAGUGGCCAAAUUACGGUACAGUUUUUCAGUAAUAGAAGCUUAGGCUUCUCUGUUUCUUGUAGACUACGAAAAGAUUAUGCCACCGUGUUAAUGAACCCAUACUACAUCUGCGUUCCAUUAGACUACAUCUUUGCGUCCAUGCGUUAUUCAUUUUUCUUUUGUCUGCCUGUUUCUUUUUCCGUAUGGCCCUAUGCCCGUAUCUCAUUUCAAGUACUUUCUUUUAGUUCGGUAAAUAAGAAUUAAUUUGCAUUCAAAACACUAAGCACCUCACCCUGUAUGUUAAUCAUGUCACCAGGCUUGCUUUGUCUGUGGCAAUGUAUUUUUUUCCUUGCUACUUGCAAUGUAACAUGGAGAUCUGAUAUUGUCUAAUGUAUAGUAAAGAAAUGGAUUCCCAU